UUUUGAUAUAUCCAUCAAGACACUUUCUAAAGUCUCAAAAAGAAAAACACAUUCUUCAAUACACAAGGGAGUGACCCGUUGUCCAGCUUUUGAGUGUUCAACAAGCAGAAACAGAGAAACAGAAAAACGUAAAGAAUUAAAUUCGAAAAUGAUUGGAGUUUGGGGAACUUUCAAGGUGUUGGCGGCCAUAUCGGGAAUGGUGUUCAUGGGCUAUUGCGUAUAUUUCGACAAACAGCGUCGCAGUGAUCCGGAUUUCAAGAGGAAGCUGCACGAGCGCCGGAACCAACGGUCAUUCGCAUCCGUGAAAUCCCCGUCAUCGGUGCCCGUGAACGAAAAGGAUGUCGAAAUGUACUUUAUGACCCAGAUCCACAAGGGCGAGGGCCUGAUCACAAAUGGCGACAUUGAGGGCGGCGUGGAGCACCUAAUCAACGCGAUUCUCGUCUGCAGCCAGCCGGGAAAACUGCUGCAGGUGCUCCAGAACACCUUGCCCGUGGAGAUCUUCACCAUGAUGCUGAUCAAGAUGCACGCCUACGAGGCCGCGGAGCGCAGCUCACCCGUUUUGGUGGAGGAGGAGGCUACCAGUGCCCUUGAAUAGCCUCUGAAAUAUUCCAAAAUUCUCUUUUCGAGAGAUGCGCCUCUGGUAGCGAAAUACAUUUCUUUGGUUCACGUAUGUCGGGAAAUACAUUCAAUGUAUACUGGUA